GGAGGAAGUGUUGACGUGAUCCGCUUUUCAGAUACCUUAAUAUGCAUUACAAGAAAUUAUAUUAAUUUUCGGGAUCAAUGUCGACGAUCUAAAUUCGGAAGUACCUCGCUGAAAGAAAAAAAAAAGUUUGUCAGUCAACGUUUCACACACCAUAGAGCUUCAGGUGUGCUGGUCAUUAGCUGAUAACCGCCCUAGGAAUGGACUCAGACGAGGGUUAUAACUAUGAAUACGACGACGAAGAAGAGGAAUGUAGCGAGGACAGCGGCGAAGAGGAGCCCGAGGACGACACCCUGGAGCUCGGAGAGGUGGAGUUGGUCGAUCCCGUGGUGGCUGGCGGAGAGCGAGACGAGUGCAGCGAGACUGGCGGAGGGGGCCACGGCCCUGGCGAGGAAGAGGAGGAGGACUACCGUUUCGAGGUUUUGACUGCCGAGCAGAUCCUCCAACAUAUGGUGGAGUGCAUCAAGGAGGUCAACGAGGUCAUACAGAAUCCUGCAACAAUAACACGCAUCCUUCUCAGUCACUUCAACUGGGACAAGGAAAAGCUAAUGGAAAGGUAUUUUGAUGGUAACCUGGACAAGCUUUUCUCUGAGUGUCAUGUCAUUAAUCCAAGUAAGAAGCCCCGAAUCCGUCCUCCAAUCAACACUAGAUCAUCUGCACAGGACAUACCAUGUCAGAUCUGCUAUCUGAACUUUCCCAACUCAUACUUUACAGGCCUGGAGUGUGGACAUAAAUUCUGCAUGCAGUGCUGGGGUGAUUAUCUGACCACCAAAAUCAUAGAAGAAGGAAUGGGACAGACCAUUUCUUGUCCCGCUCAUAGUUGUGACAUUUUGGUUGAUGACAACACAGUCAUGCGCCUCAUAACGGAUUCCAAAGUGAAGUUGAAGUACCAGCAUUUAAUCACGAAUAGUUUUGUAGAGUGCAAUCGACUGUUAAAGUGGUGCCCUGCACCAGACUGCCAUCACGUUGUCAAAGUCCAGUACCCAGAUGCCAAGCCAGUAAGGUGCAAGUGUGGCCGCCAGUUCUGUUUCAACUGUGGAGAGAAUUGGCAUGAUCCUGUCAAGUGUAAGUGGCUGAGAAAAUGGAUCAAGAAAUGCGAUGACGACAGUGAAACUUCCAACUGGAUUGCAGCAAAUACCAAGGAGUGUCCAAAAUGCCAUGUGACCAUCGAGAAAGAUGGUGGCUGCAAUCACAUGGUGUGUCGGAACCAGAACUGCAAAGCUGAGUUCUGCUGGGUCUGUCUCGGUCCAUGGGAGCCUCACGGCUCUGCCUGGUACAACUGCAAUCGCUACAAUGAAGAUGAUGCAAAGGCAGCCAGAGACGCUCAAGAGCGCUCCAGAGCAGCCUUGCAGAGGUACCUGUUUUAUUGCAACCGCUACAUGAACCACAUGCAGAGUCUGCGCUUCGAGCACAAGCUCUAUGCUCAGGUCAAGCAGAAGAUGGAGGAGAUGCAGCAACACAACAUGUCCUGGAUUGAGGUGCAGUUCCUGAAGAAGGCUGUGGACGUGCUGUGCCAGUGCCGCUCCACGCUCAUGUUCACCUACGUCUUUGCCUUCUACCUCAAGAAGAACAACCAGUCCAUUAUUUUUGAGAACAACCAGGCAGACCUGGAAAAUGCCACUGAGGUGCUGUCAGGCUACCUAGAGCGAGAUAUCUCCCAGGACUCUUUGCAGGACAUCAAGCAGAAAGUACAAGAUAAGUACAGAUACUGUGAGAGCAGGCGAAGAGUGCUGCUACAGCACGUGCAUGAAGGCUAUGAGAAGGACCUGUGGGAGUACAUUGAGGAUUGAGGACACGUCCCAAUGCAACGGACUCUUGAGUACCUUGACAAACUUAGAGCGCUGAUGCAAUUAAACAGGGCAGCACGGGCCUUCUGCCGCCUCUCCUUUGGCAAACCAACCACUUUUGCGUCAUUUUUCCUUGGAUUUGUUUAACAAAAUCUUCAAAGUAAAUUAUAUUUAAAGGAAAGGUAGAAUAAUAAAAUGAAAGUGUACUACAGUAUUGUUAGCAACAGAGUGGAGUCUCGAGAAAGCAGAAAAUCCAUCUUAAACAAGUACAUCCUUUGGCUUGUAUUGUAAUACCUCCCCCGAAAGAUCUUAUUUUCCUUUUGUUUUUUGCUUGUGAAUCUUUUCUGUUUUGAUUUUUGACUUUUGUUUUCCCAUUAGUGUGAAAAUGUUUUCAACACAGCUUUAAUUGUCCUGGCCAUGUCUGCAAUAUGUGGUGAGAUCCUUGUCUGGGUGGCUGAAUGUUGAUAGGCUGAUUGCAAAAGGGGCAAAGACAUUUCAGAGGGGAAAAGAAGAAAACGCAUAAAAAAAGAACAAAAUAGCAAGUCUGUAUUUUUCAAUUUGUAAAUAGUCCAUAUGCAUGGAAGUUAAAGAGCAAGAGUGGCACGUGUUUGCAUAAUUUUGAAAUUUUGAAAUAUUUAUUCUUUACCAAUAUUGGAAAGGUGUACUUUUGCCAUGUAGGUUGAGUUUGUUUACUCCCUUCUUAAAAGUCGGAGGUUGGAGGAGUUUGGCAAUAAGGCGUUCGUCCUAUCAUCCUCAGUCUCUUCAGAGCAGUGCACAAAUGACACCUUAUCAGCGACUCAAAACGGAGACUGAUAGAAAGAUAAAGGACUCGAUGGAAGUCCAUGAUUAAAUGAGAAAACCAAGAGCUGAAAAGAUUUUACAGGUCAAAGGUUAAGGUAGAUUGCACCGGCCCUGUGCCCCCUCUAUGCUAACCUUUUUCCAUACCCUUAGUUGUUUUUGGAGUUGUUUAACAUUUAAGAACAUUACUAAUUAUUUGUAAGAGCCAAACUGAGUGACAUUCACUCUUUUCUUUUCUUUUUUUUUCUCUCUUUCCUGACAUGGCUUGAGGUAGCACUCCUGAAGCUCCACUUGCACCUUGGGGACUGGAAGAGGUGAUAGAAUGUACCGACGGCACGGCUUUCGCAGUGCUGCUAAUUGGGCUCGAUCACUGUCAAACAGGGUCAGGCGUUUGCAUCACUCUUGCAGGGAUUAUUUGGAAGGCACGAGGCCAGUGGUGGCGGCGGCGGCAGCAGCAGCAGCAGCGCCUCUUUGAAGGGAUCUCCUGCCUUGCAGUGAGGCUGAACUUUGCUUUAAACCAAGAUGCGCAGAUGGACUAGGGGUGAUCCUCAAGCAGAUGAGGAAUAUAGGACAAACUUCUAAAGGUUGUAAGAGUGUUUUUUGUAACGCUGUUAUGCUUUUUGCAUUAAAGACUGUUUUUUUUGUUUUUGUUUUUUUGUUUUUUUUGCAAAUGGGUUGAGGUUUCAACAUUGAAAUGUCAGUGCCCCUCCUGGUUUUUGCAUUGUUCUGUGUGGCGGGCGCUCUGGUCGUCAGGCUCUCUGCUUGCAAAUGCUCGUUCGUGUCUCUGCAAUGUGAACGUCUUCAGAAGACUGACGAGGGGGGGGACAUGAAUAAACAGGCACUGAUGCAAGUUAGAAGAUGACACCAAAGUGUCUCAGCCAUCAUGGAAAAAAAACAUCCUUUGCCCCAGUUUCAGAUCUUUGGGGAAUUCUCUCCCAAAUGCUUCUUAUGUGUUCAAACUUAUUUUAUCCUAGCAAAUUAUAAACUGUAUUGUUUAUUUGAAUAAAUGUCAUGAGAAAUCUCAUUUUUGGGAGUACUGUGUGAGUCAUUAGAGUAGGUUUGAUCUCAAGCAUAUUAAUUACCCGAAACAUCCAUAAUGCAUUUCUGCGCUAUGUAUUUUGCGAUGUAGUGUACCACAGACCUUGGCAGAGCUGUGUCUUCCAGAAUAGGGUGGACUUAAUUUGGUAACCUUUAAAUAAUUUUGAUUUUUAGAUGAAAAAUGUUAGCUUUUUUUGCACCAAGUUUCUUUGGAGAUUGUCCGAUAAAAGAUGAGGUGGUUGUUUGUAUGUCACUUUUGAAUUAAUUUUUUUUUUGUCUGAAGUCAGCGAACCAAUGAUGACACAAAGUGAAUGGAUAAAAGAUCGUCUAUUUUCCUCUUAAGUUUUCUUGCAGUAACACCAGCUACACCUGUGGUCAUUCUAGGCUAACAUGCGCUCCAGGGCUCAUUCUGUUUUCCAUCGUGUCUGCUAGUAGUUUCAUGAACAUUUCAACUUAACAUUUGAAGUAACGGUCGCAGCUACUUACAUUAAAUUGAGGCAUCCAAAAACUUUUAAUACUUUUUUACAUAUCUUUUCUUUAUGCUAUCAAAGGUGUUUUAUUUCCUUUUAGUGUAAAAAUGUGGGGAAAAA